GAAACGGAUCAGAACUCGGCAAACUUCAGUCAACAACAUGCAUGUGUCUCACAACCAGAAGAUUUGUGUCAUUUGAAAAGACUUAGGGAGGAGGAAAAAAGACUCAGAGGAAUACAAGAACUCAGUCAGCUGACAGAAACAACAGUAACCCAGUGCUUAGACAUGGCCAGCACCCAGACCAGUUUGAAAACCCCUUUCAAAGACUUGACCUCAUUCAAGGGCAACAUGAAACGGCUGUACAGAGAGCGGCUGGAAGACGCGCCCAUCAAGAAGCGAGUAAUGGCGGAGAUCAACCUGAAGCGUCGCAGCACGGAUUCCUUGCCCAAAACUCCCAAAGUGAAGAGGGAGCAGACCGAGGAUCUGUGCCACGACCCCGACAUGGAUUUCGCGGGCCAGGCUGAAUUGCAUGUGGCGGGCUCUGCUAAAGCCCUGGACCUGAGCCCUGGGCUCAAACACACACUAGCCCAGUUCACCCUCAGCAGCCAAAGCUCCCUUGGGGGCCCAGCUGCCUUCUCAGCCCGUACCGGCCACGAGCAUUCCCAAGCCGGUAUGCCCCCCCUGCCUUCCCCUCCUGUCCUUGGAGGGGGCCCUCUGCUGGUUCCCUGUGACAGCUCCACUGAACUCACCCACUCGCUGCUGGAAGGGGAGUCCAUCUCCUGCUUCGUCGUCGGGGGAGAGAAGCGGCUCUGCCUGCCCCAGGUGCUCAACUCUGUGCUCCGCGACUUCUCGCUGCAGCAGAUCAACACUGUGUGCGACGAGCUCUACGUCUAUUGCUCACGUUGCGAUGCUGAGCAGCUGCACAUCCUUAAAGUGUUGGGCAUUCUGCCGUUCAACGCACCUUCCUGUGGCCUCAUUACACUGACGGAUGCACAACGGUUGUGUAACGCUUUGCUGCGCCCUGGAGCGGCAUUGCCUGCCGACCCCAGUGGUAAGCUGUCGGCCCAGGGCCUGCUGAACGAGAGUGAAGCCAGCUUCCAGGUGGAGCACCAAUGUCUGGGGAAGUGCCAGGGUCUCUUUGUGCCCCAGUUCUACACCCAGCCUGAGGCGCCCUGCAUCCAGUGUGUUGAGUGCCAGUUGCUCUUUUCCCCGCAGAAGUUUGUCAUGCAUUCACACAAGUCACCUGAUAAGAGGACCUGCCACUGGGGCUUUGAUUCAGCCAAGUGGCCCUGCUACCUACAGCUUGCCAGGAAGUACGAGGGAACGCCCGAGGAACCCAGGCUCCAGCAGCUCCUUGAUGAGGUCAAAGAGAAGUUCCACUACCAGCUCAAGAGGUCACUAGACAAAAAGGCUGUGGAGGAAGAGGAGAGCCAGGUGAGGAAAUCCUCUGCAGACCUGUGCUCACCCAGUGGCAAGAUGGCCAAUGCCUACCCUGCGAGAAAGGGAAAAACAUCUCCACCUGCUUUGGUCUUCAACCGUCUUUUCUCGGACAUUAAGGAGGAGCCAGAACACCCCAGCCUGGUCCAUCCCAGUUACUACCUGUACACAUACGAUAAGAUGGUGGCUCCCAACGUGUCUCUGCAGCAGGAGGCGGAGAUGAGCCAGGAGAUGCUUGGAGCGCUGCUGAAACACCACUACAGCCACAGAGUGCUGGGUCACGACGAGCCACCCAUGGAUCUUCACGCGUCGCCCCCUGUCGCUGCUGGCGCCGAGGAGGCCAAAUCCCAACAUGCCGCUGCUGCCUCGGCCACCGAGCGGGAAUGCCAAGCCCAGGCAGUUUCCAUGGAGACAAGCAGCCCGAGCUGCAAGAAAGCCUCCCACACCCCCGCCCACACCCCUCCUCCUCCUCCUCCUCCUGCGUCGUUGUUGACGCCGGUAUCGGAAGUAGUGGCUAAGGACACAGGCUCUGCCACAAGCGGCGCUGCAGUGGUGGUGGGGGGGCUGGAGGACGACAAGGACAGGAUUGUUGUGGAGAUCAUGCAGAUGUACAGCAGGCAGCAGGAGAAGCUGAACUCCACCCUGCACAAGCAGCUGCAGCUGGAAUUGGAGCUGGAGGCGGUACGCGGGGGCGAGGCAGCGAGGUUACGGGAGCUGAGCGCCGAGCAGCGGGAGCUUCGCAGCGAGCUGGAGGCGGUGCACAGUGAGCAGGCGCGGCAGCUCAACCAGGCCCGCCAGGAACAGCUGGAGCUGGAGACCCGUCUGGAGCAGCUCCGACAGCAGGCCUGCGCCUGCGAAAUGGGGGUACAGCGCCAACAAGAGGCCCACUACACCGCACAGUUGUCGGAGCUUCGUCAGAGGCUGGAGCGGGCGGAGGCGGAUCGCCAGGAGCUGCAGGAGGAGCUGCGCCGGGAGCGGGAGGCUCGGGAGAAGCUGGAGCGCACGAUCGCCCAACUCAGGCAGCAGAUGGCCCGGUCUGGCACUGUGGGAGGCAGCCCCUCUCCUCCUCUCACCCCUUCCACCGGACCCCCUAGCGCCCACUCCCCGCCCUCCUCCUCCUCUUCUUCCUCCAUCUCGGAGGCCCCAGCGUCUGGCCAAAAGUAACUGCCACCCCUCCAGGCGCCUCCUUCCCUCCCUCAUUCCUCUUCGCCAUCACCCACCAACUCUACAGACACAAACAAAUCAGCCUGAAGCAGAACGGAGCUUCACAUCUCCUCAGGCUGUUUUUUAAGUUGUGCAUCUCAUUCUCCCCCCUUAUUAUUUCAGUGUAGGACUGACUUUUGUUUUUGUAAUUUAACAUCACUUAAAAGAAAAGUUUUAUGGUGUGUUUUUUUUAUUAUUCUUUCUUUUGCUUCCUCUCCUCUCUUAAAACAGUAUUUAAAGAUUUUUGGGCAUGUAUGAUUUAAUUUAUAGUUUUUACUGAACAAACAGCUGCUUCACAGACAGGAGUUGGGUCAAGUCGAGACCAACUCAACCAUCACUAUAUUUUUUCCAUCCUCACAUUGUCACCCUCCUCAUCCCAUCCCCUCUCGCUUGCUCUGGACUCCGGAGCCAAUGACUUUGAGAUUUCAGCUCAGACACGGAUGCUUGACUCAGCUCCCCACGGACGUGUCAAUUCACUGAUACUACCUGGCACAGCAGCCGGUGCCCACAGACACAAAAUGGCGCCUGGACGUGUGCCUCCUCUCCGUGUUUCUGUACCUUCAGCCCAGAUGCUCAAGUACCAGCGAAUGCAGGAAACUGCAUGGACAUUUCAAAAAAGUUUUUUUGGGAGUCCUUAUAAAAUACAAAGAGAGAAAAAUAUAACGUGUUAAAAUAUCAAAUCUAUAUGGAGGAGAAAAACCUUUACUGUACACAAAAAGACAUUAAGCAGAUGUUGUAAUAAAAAUAUGCCAGUAGUGACACUGAACUUGAAAUGAGUGUUUUGAGUGUGACGCCCACGAGGUAAAAAGCGCUCAGACUGUCUGGCCUGGGCCCCAGCUGCCCCACACACAGACCAACUUCCUCUUCACUCAGCUUGGCAGCACCUGGACUCUCCUGUUGUAGACCAAACAGUCUGUCGGUUGAGCCACCAGCUGCCCAGUGUCUCCUCUAACAUCCACCCCCCCCCCACAGCACCCCACUCACUAGAGACCUCACACCUUCCAUCGCUGUGUGCUGGGGCCAUUGCCCUCUACUGGGACACUCCUCAACACUGUGGUUUUCACCCACUUUGGCCUAGACAGGAAACACUGUGCUCUUUUCAGGCUUGGCAUGAACAAGCUCACGAGCGGUGUUAUGCACUUAAUGUGCUCUCCUCCUCCAGAGUCUCCUGGGAAAGGAAUGCGUCUGGACACGGGGGCUGGGUGAGCCGGCGAAGCUUUUAUAAGAAAGAAGAAAGGCAGAGUCUCACAUGUGCAGUAGCUGCACUGUGUUACAAUAAUACAUACGACAUCCCCACAUGCGUGCACACUCAAGUGUGCUAGGGCAGUGCAGGCAUUCAGGCAGAACAAUGGUCCCAGCGUUCCCAGCAGAUGAUCAAAGCUCCAGCGUGUCCCUGUUCUCUGGGCUUCCUCUGCUUUUUCAGUCAUUUGACUUCAUUGUUAGCAGACGGUUUUAUCCCCACCCUGUUUGUCCGAAUGUGGGUCGCAGGUGAAAGCAGUUAGUCCAGGAUGGUUUGGGCCCUGCUUCACGUUAAUCUGCCUGGCUGAACAAACAGCACCGGGAAGGGAGGGGAGGAUUGAGGGGAGCGCUCGGGGGACUGGUGCGCUCUCCCCCUCGGCAGGCUGGGUGGCCCGGACGCCAGGGGUACAGAGGGAGCCCGGUUUUUGUUCUGUGCCGCCAGAAUGGGGGCAGCUGUUGUUGUCUGGGGGCCUCUGCCCACCCUCGGGUGAGACUGUACAGGAUCCCCCAUCUCUCAACGCGACUUCCCUCCUCUCCCACAGAACCGCCAUCACUCACUCACUCUCACUUACCCGUCCAUCCGUCUCCAGUGCCAGAUCAGCUGGGGGUGUGCAGUGUUUUGUAGAAGCCCAGGGGAGCGAGCAGACAUCCAGCCAGAGGAAGAGAGGACUUUUAUUGUGUCAGUUGCCAGGCAAAAGCGCUUUUUAUUGCCACUGAGGAAAUCCCUGUGUGUGUGUGUGUGUGUGUGUGUGUGUGUGUGUGUGUGUGUGUGUGUGUGUGUGUGUGUGUGUGUGUGUGUGUGUGUGUGUGUGUGUGUGUGUGUGUGUGUGUGUGUGUGUAAAAAUAAUUGUUUAAAAAGAGAAGGGGAUCGGCCUCGGCUAAACUCUGAGCUUUUUUAUGCAUCUCCUCUAAAUGCAAAUUGAUAGACAUUCCACUGUGCUCCAUCCUGUUUUCAAUGCAGAUUUUCUUACACAGCUUCCCUUUACAAUAACAGAUCUUAAAGACUGGGCCGGGUACAGUUGUGGUUUGUUGAUGGUCACAGGUGCAGGUGCAAGCCAGUUAAAUCGAAACCCAUGCCGCAGAUGUACACUCUACUGUUGUUCCAUUUAAACCUUUAUUGAAAUUAUGAAAGAAAAUAUUUAACGUAUUAACUAAAGAUUUAUAUUCACUUUGUAAAUACAGUAGUCAUUAAUAUAUUAACUGUUCUUAUAAGAAUAAUCUUCAAAAGGUUAUAUAAAUUGGACCAGAACUUAGGCUCCAGACGGCCUAAAUGUUUUUGCUUUCUUUUUUAAAAAAGUGGUCUUUGCAGAUAACUGAAUUGACUUUAGUCGAGUGGAUGUGGGGGAGUGACACGCAUGGUUUACUGAGACAUGACGCAGGACAAAGGCUGAAUAGGAAAAAUAAUACUUUGUUACACACGUUCCCCCUUUGCUGAAAACUGAUGCAUUUGUUUGUUGUGGAUUUCAUCUUUGACGGACUGUUGAACUUGUAAUGUAACAAGCUUUUUUUCCCUCUUUGUCAAAAAAACCCUCCCCUGAGCUAAAUUCAAACUAUUUGUUUAAGAAAAAUCAUUUUGGGGGGGAAAAGAAAACAAAAUUAUAAAUCUUUUUUUUUUUUUGCAUGUUUGCUUCCCCUUAUGUUGAGUGUCACUAGGCCUCUCUAUCAAUCAGUUUAUUGUGAAAAAAAAAAAUUCCCCAAUGUAAGACACAAAAUAUUGAGAUGGCUCAUAUGCAUGAACAUUGAAUAUGUGCAAGUUUUGUCAUUAUUGGUCCAGAGGCUAAAUAUAAAGUCAGAGUCAGAUUAUGAAAAACAAGAAAUGUAGCCUAAUUCGGAAAUAUUACACUGUGUGUGUGUGUGUGUGUGAGUGUGAGAGAGAUGAGCUCCCACGUCUGACUGAAACACGGCAGCUUUGAAAAGGGAAAGAGAGAAACUUGCUCCUGUAGCUCUGGAUGUGUCGUUAUGUUUUCUGAUUUGAGAUCAUAUAUCCUUGUCUGAAAAAGAUGAUCAGUAUUAGUUUUUCUUUUUUGACUUAAUUACCUCUUCAGCAGAACAAUGAAAAAAAAAUAAAAACGAAUCAUUUGAAUUCAUCACAUUUGCAAAUACCUAAUAUGUAGUUUUUCUUUCUGUGUAAUUAGCAUUUUAUACACAAGGGGGCGAUGUUUAUCUUUCUCUAAUUGUGCUCUGUAAUGAGAAAAGGACUAAGUGAGCGUGGAGAGAAAGAGAGAGAGUCUCCUGUAACAUGGCGUUCUGGGCCUUUUUGCAUUUUGCAGUGUUAAGAGAACUUGGAUUCAGCUUUGUACAGAAUUUUUACAGGUGUGAAUUUUUGCCCAACCAAGUAAAAAGGAGGAAGACAGAGCCAGGCUUUACCACAUAAACAUAUUUUAAUACAAACACUGGUAAACAGAUACACGGUUGAACUGUUGCAGGUGGUUUGCUUUGUAGUUGGGUGUUUAAUUUUCCACCAGUAGUUAUUCUGCGCCGCUGUGGGAGGAGUCUGAAGUGUAGGGCUGCGUUGUUGAUUGGUCGCACAGAUCACUGGCUACGAAGAAUAUUAUGAUUUCAUGUCCACACAUCCUGUUAUAGAUAUUAAAAAAAAAUAUUUAUGGCUUUGCUAAAUAAGAUCCCUCUUCCCCCUCGAUGCUGUUCUGAAAAAUGAAUCGCAGUGUCCGUGUAUGACCAUUGCAUACGUUGCCAAUACUACAGUGUGAUGAGACUUUUGUUCUUGCAUGAAUCGAGACACUGUUCUCCUACCUCAUGUUGUGAUAUAAAAAGAUGUUUUUUAAGCAGAAGACACUGCAUCUCUAACUGUUUAUCAUCAUUGAUAUUUACUAGUAAAUGACAUACCUGUAAAUGCUUUUAGCUAAUACCUCAGUUGUAUCUAGUGUUUGUUUUUUUCUGUUUUUGCCCCUCCCUGAUUUCAGAUCCUGUAAAUAUGCCCUGUAUAGACAAUGAACUUGGAUCAAAUUCAAGUAAAGUUCUGUAGUGUCGAA